CGGUCAUGUGAUCAGCUGUGUCCAAUCACAGCUGAUCACAUGGGACAUGUACACUGAUCAUCGGGGCACUGAUGAUCAUGUGCCCUGAUGAUCAGUGUAUCCCCAGCACUGCCACCUGUCAGUGUCCAUCAGUGCCUUAUGUCAGUGCUCAUCAGUGCCUCGUGCCAGUGCCCAUCAGUGCCACAUCAGUGCCACAUCAAUGACACAUAUCAGUGCCCAUCUGAGCUGCCUUUCAGUGUCACCCAUCAGUGCCAGUCAGUGCAACCUAUCAAUGCCAAUCAGUGCCACCUAUCAGUGCUGCCAAUCAGUGCCACCUAUCAGUGCCAGUCAGUG